AUGUGGGGGACUCCCGAGCACCUGGCCCGAGUCGAAGAGACUAUAAAGGAAAAGUACGCCGACGUAGAGGGAGAUACCGAAUUUGUCAGCCUGCGAAUCCGCACGAACGCUGAAUCACAUACUUAUGAUGGGUUGGAUUGGGGUGCUGAGAGGGCGGUCAAAGAGAUAUACCAAACGGUAGAAGAAAUAGAGUCAGAUGGUCACAAAAAGGUUGCAAAGUUCUCGAUCUUUGGAUACAGCUUGGGAGGCUUGAUAUCUCGCUAUACCAUAGGUAUUCUCUAUCAACGGGGUUUCUUCCGCAAUAUCAAACCCGUCAAUUUUACCACCUUUGCCACGCCGCAUCUGGGCCUACCGCGGAUACGAGGUCUUGUCGGUACAAUGAUGCACAAGUUGGGCCCAAAGAUGCUUUCCCGAACUGGAAAGCAAUUUUACGGUGUUGACAAGGAUAUCUGGUCGCCGGAUGAUAAGGAGGGGAGACCGUUAUUGGAAGUCAUGGCUGAUAAAGAUUCCGUCUUUUUCAAGGCGCUAAAAUCAUUCCCUCGCGUCACAUUCUACGGGAACGCAGUUAACGAUCUCACGGUCGUCUAUGUGACCUCGAUGGUAGAAGCUCAUGAUCCAUUCGUCGCCCUCAAGACCAAGUCUCAUCGGUUGGGAAUUAAAAUGGAUCCCAAGUACAAGCACGUUAUCGAAUCUUUUGGCGAAGUCCCCGCCGGUGAAGAAGUUCCGCUGUCCGAAAUCGAGCUGGAGGAUAGGGCCCGCAAAGCCGCUCUGCACUGGUACUCUCCAAGUCGCUAUCGCACUAGUCGGCCCUUCCUUCCUCCAUUCCUACAAUUCCCUUUCCCUCUCAAUCUCGUCUUUUACCUUCUUUUACCCUUCUUAAUACCCGCAGGACUUACAUAUGCAACCAUUCGAUUUAAUCGCGAGUCACGCUCCUCCCGGCGCCGACUUGAAGCUCUCGCGGACUCACCCGACGCCGAAUCCAGCCUAGCUGCAAUACUACAAAAGAUGGAAAUGGCAGUUGCAGACAUGGUCGACCCGGCUGAUCCGGGCGUAGCAGACGAAGGGUGGGACAGCGGGGUAGAAACAGACACAGUCGUUGUUGCGGACCCCUCGGAAGAAACACGAAAGCGCAAGGCGACUAGGCCAGACACCCCAGAGGCUGCCGCUGCCCAAUCUCUCCCCACACCACCGGCCGAAGAGGACCGCAAACUUGAGUCGAAAUCGACGUUUUCUCCACCCAAGCCUAAACCCAACGACCCGCUACAACCGAUCUUGUCCCCUGCGCAGCUCGCUAUGAUCGAGUCGCUCAACUCGAUUCCGCAGCUUCGUAAAGUACGAGCAUAUUUCCCGUAUGUUCGGAAUGCACAUAGUAUGAUUAUCGUGCGUGAUCCAAAGGUGUUCCCGAUGCAUGAAGAUGGGAUGGGUGUGGUCAAGCACUGGGCGGAUCGGUUUGUUCUUUGA